CACUAAGGGGGAAAUCCUCAGCAAAACAGCGAGGUUGAAACGCGUGAGGACGUAGAUGAUAGAUGAUAUAUUACUUUUACUCCUGCUAGUUUUAAUCAGUUAGUAUUUGUAUUUAUCGCAUUGCUACGUUGUUUUUAUUUAUAUCAUCUGAGAAAGAUAAUGAAGUAGAUUUCCAGGAAGGUCCCUGAUUGAAGUGUCAAAUCAUCAUGAUUGGCUAUGGAGAGCUUAAUGUUGUCCCACUAGCUGAUAUCAUCUUCUACCAGGCGUCAAAUGAUGAAAUGACAAUACAUUGCUUAUGUUCUCGGGCUUACGUGAAUGAUCGAGAAUUGUAUCGGUCAGAUUUUAAAGCCAUUCUAAGUCAGACUGACAAUGAAUUGCAAGAUGUUGAAGCUCAUGAUGAGGAAGAGCUUUUGGAAGAUUGCAACGGGUCUGAGGAUGAUGAUGAAGAAGAGGAGGAGGCAGCUGUGGAUGAAGAGACCAUGCUUAUGGCCAGUAUGGGUCUUCCCGUAGAGUUUGCGAGCUCAUCACAACAGAAAAAUGCUGGCCAAGUCUUCAUAAAACAGAAAAACAAAAGAAGCACUGAGCAUAUAAAAUCCUUCGCAGAUUAUCCCGUCACACAUGAGGAGGACACUAUGCAAGAACAGCAGUGUGUUGUGAGUAAUGUUACUGAGCUCCACACUGAACAGACAUCUUCAGUAUCAGAAGAGUCCUGGGUGAGGUAUUGGGACCAGCAGGGGGAGAGUCUGCUGUGUCAGAGCUGGCUGGAGAAACAUCCAGAGACCUCCAACACUUCAGCAAAAGACUGCACCCACUCAGAGGAUGACUGGGAUGAACACUGCCGCCAAACAUAUCUCUACUACUGGGAACAGUUUCACUACUGGGCUGCUCAGGGUUGGAUGGUGGAUGACUCUUACAGCACAACUGCUGUUUCUGAGGAGGAUCAGGGUGGUCGAGAAGAAACAGAGGGAUCAUAUCAGACAGGCUCCUUGCGAGAUAAAGGAGAGGAACAAAAUGCUGGCAACGUCACAGACCUUAUAAGCAGUCUGAGCCUGUUCACAGAGGAUGUUGCAACCGCUGAGGAUGAUGGUGACCAGAGGUCUUUGGCCUGUAACUGUUCUGAUGAGCCCUGUGAUGGAGGAAACCGCAAAAGAUCAUCGUCUCAUAAAGCCUGCACCACUACUGCUGACGGCAACAUGCAGCAGACCUCUGCUCCGUUAAAUAAUCGGAGCGGACCGCUCGCAAGGAGCAGAUGUAACAAUGAAGAUCAGAGAGAUGAUGAUGAUGAUGAACCUCCAGAGAGCAGGCAGGCUAAAAUAAAAAGAGGUCAUGAACUGGAUGCAGAGGAGCUCACGGAGAUGCCGGUUCAGAAGGCAUGGGAUACUCUCGGCCUUAGACGCGGACCGAAGCCCAAGUUUGACAGCGUUGUGAAGCUGAAAACAGACCACGGUGCGUACAAAAAACAAGCAGCAUGCAAGAUCAACAAGCACAUAUUUUUUACUGAUGAUGGACCACAAACCAAACAGCCAAAAACCAGCAAAACCCUCCAGAAAGUCCAGACUUUCCUUCUGCAAGUUCAGACUGAUUCUAAUUCUAAUGAGGUAACUCCCAUCCCUAUGCCGGAUGCUUUGACCGAGCCAUGUCAAAGAACAGAUGAUGGUGAGUUGUCUGCACAUAAUGAUGAGAUUAAUGAGGUGGAGGGUGAGAAGACACCUGAGCUCAGCCGAAGAUGUGAAGAAAGUGAAGAACAUCAGCAAAGCAUUCAGACAGAAUUGACACCAGAACCAGAAGAAAGGCGAGAGAAGAGCCCAGAUCCCAGAGGAGAACUGCAGCCCUUGGAUGUACCUGACUUCCUGCUCCCCGAUCCUCCUGAAGACACAAAGGGAGCUGGGAACGUGCACGCUUCAAAAAAGAAAAAGAGAAAAAACAAGAAAAGAAGAAAAGAUGUUGAGAUGCCACCUGAGAUUGCAGCAGAACCUGAGUUGGCCAAAUACUGGGCCCAGCGGUACCGCCUGUUUUCUAGGUUCGAUGAAGGAAUCAAACUUGACCAUGAGGGCUGGUUCUCAGUGACCCCUGAGAAGAUCGCCGAGCACAUCGCUCUGAGGGUCCAGGACAGCUUUAACACUGAGCUCAUUAUUGAUGCCUUCUGUGGCGUAGGUGGAAAUGCCAUUCAGUUUGCCCUCACUGGAAAAAGAGUGAUUGCCAUCGACAUUGACCCGGUACGCCUGGCUCUGGCGCAGCACAACGCAGAGGUCUAUGGUGUGGGGAACCGAAUAGACUUUGUGCAGGGUGACUUCCUGCAACUGGCUCCACGUCUGCGGGGUGACAUGGUUUUCCUCAGCCCCCCCUGGGGAGGACCAGAAUACCUCAGUGCCGAUGUCUUCAACAUCAAGACCAUGAUGAGUCCUGAUGGGUUUGAAAUUUUCAGAUUGUCAAAAAUGAUCUCGGACAAUAUUGUCUAUUUUCUCCCUCGAAAUGCAGACAUGGAACAGAUUGCAUCUCUUGCUGGUCCGGGUGGAAAGGUGGAAGUGGAGCAGAACUUUCUGAACAACAAACUGAAAACAAUCACCGCAUACUUUGGCGAUUUAAUUAAGACCGAAACCUAAAUUGCUUUAUUUCUUUCUUAUUUUAAUGAAAUUCAUUUGUGUACUGUUAAAUGUUUUGUAUUGCUGGUGAUGCUGAAUUUUACAGACUAAUUUGUACAUGAUGUUUAUUUUAAAUAGUUUGAUAUUUUUUCCUGUAUCAAUAUUUUUCUAUUAAAAUUUAG